CAUAUUGUUUUCAUCCAUCCAAAUUCCAAUUUUACCUUUUAUCCCCCUCCAUUUAAUGAUUUUUUGAUAAGUUUAAUAUUUCUACAGAUUUCAUGCCUUUUAAAAAUGAACGAGAUAAAGAAAAAGAAAAAAUCAAGCAAGAUAGAUAUCAAAUUAUUUUAACGGACCUUCUCAAAGAUGAAGAAAAUAAAUAUUGUGCUGACUGUGAUGCCAAAGGUCCUAGAUGGGCGUCUUGGAAUCUGGGCAUAUUCCUUUGCAUCCGAUGCGCGGGAAUUCAUAGAAACUUGGGAUGCCACGUUUCCAGGAUAAAAUCUAUCAACUUGGACGCCUGGAACGCCGAACAAUUGCAGCUUUUGCAGGAGAUAGGCAACAGUAGGGCUAGAGCCAUAUACGAAGCCUCAGUGCCCGACGCGUUUAGAAGACCUCAAACUGAUUCAUCCUUGGAAACUUUCAUACGCGCCAAAUAUGAAGCUAAAAAGUACCUCGCCAAAGAGUGGGUACCGCCCACGACCGAAUACAUUAAAAAUAAAGCAAAAGAAUUUGAGGAACAAAUGGAGAGAGAUAUUGUGAAAGAUAAAAAGAAAAAACGUAACAUAUUAUCGAUGACUAAUGUUCAGAAUCCAUCCACCGGGAAAAUUAGUUCUAAUAGUUCUAUGAGCUCCUUGACAACGCCCUUGUCCGAUAUUAGAUCUACAUUGCCCAAAGAAACGGGUGAUACAAAGUCAUGUACUACUACCUCGCAGUUAAAUCUCAGCCGGUGCAGCAAACUUAACGAAAAUCGAACGGAUUUGCUCCUUAAUCUAGAUCAUCCAGCGUCGCACAUCAACAACGUUCCACUCGAUACUUACCAUUUUUUAAAUGACGCGGUUAAAUGCCCCGUAUAUAACGGCUCCUCGUCUCACCUCUUGAACGAUAUAGUUUUCGGCAAAGAGUCAGAUAAAAUUGUCACCGACGAGCGCCAAAAAUCGAUUCCCGCCACGACUAAAGAGGCCAUCAUGGCCUUAUAUUCCAAACCGGAUGCGGAUUCGUUCAAAGACUUGAGUAUAUUGUCCAAUAAUGGGUUCGAUAAUAGGAAUCAAUUCCCUCCAAACUCAAAUAACAUGUUUAACAAUCAUUUAGCCAACCUAGACCAAAAAAAUACGAAUUCAUAUCAAUAUCAGCCAAAUAACAUGACCAAUCAUCUAAACCAUACCCAAAACUCAACACUUCAACAAGAUUACUUAAGAAAAGUUCAAAAUCAAUUAGCCUCAUUAUCCGCAAACAACAAUGCUCGAAGCACCAACCAACAAUCAAGCAUUUUAACUCAAGAUUCUUUGAUCUAAAAAAAAAUUCCUAUUAUAUAAAAUAUGUUUUAUUCAUCAUAAUUUUUAGCGCAAUCAAUUCUGCUGAAAAACAAAAGAUAAUCUUUUUUUUCUUUUUCAAAUAAGAUUUAUAGAUAAGAAAAAAUCAUGAGUAACAAUAUUUAUACAUUGUAUUUAAAUAUCUGAUUUGUCUCUUUUUUUAAUUUAUUAUUUUUCACAUUCCUCUUUACUGACUUUAUUUAUAUGUAUAGUGUUUUUGUAUAGAAAAAUGACAUUUUGUUUCAUGUUUAAAUUAAUCGUAAAUUUGGGAGAAAAAAAAAUAUUAUUAUAAAGAUGAUAUAAUAAUUUAUUUAUGAAUGUUACGCUAGAAAAAGGGUAUAAUUA